AUGGUAUCAUCCUUUCAUACUCUAUGGAAAACGGCAAAAAGUGAAAUAUCAACUAAUAAAUACCGCAGACCAAUAAAGUUGAAUGGGCAGCCUUUCAGUAUCACACCUAAUCUCCACUCCGCACUUCUCGUCCUUCGUGAUAAUCCCAACCCUGCCCCAUUGUGGAUCGAUGCCAUCAGCAUCGAUCAGAACGAUCUAUUUGAAAAAGACACGCAACCACGCAUCAUGCAUCUAAUCUACAUGAAUGCUACUCGUCUUGGUGAAGACGACAAAUCGCUCGAUCUAAAUGCUGCAGCCGAGAUUAUCUCUCACUUCGAGAUGAAAAGCGGAGAAUUGCGAAGAAAGGCCGAGUCGAUUGCUCAAAAGGAACCUUCAGCUGAUUUACAAGCGUGGCUGCAGAAUUGGGUCGACAGUGACUGGCAUACUGGGCUGGAGUAUGUGUCUGGCUGGAAAGCAAUGCAGAAUAUACUCGCUCGACCAUAUUUCACGCGAUCCUGGAUAAUCCAAGAAAUGGUGUUAUCGUCCAAUCGAAAAAUUCUUGUAGGCCAUCACGAUGUAACAAAUAUUCUCGAUCUCGUUUUCAUCAUUCACAACUUUCCCCAGAUCAAGAAUCGGAUUCCUGCCCAGUAUCUUAAUGAACCGGAGGUCAUACCGCGUAUCUACCAGCUAAGAUUGGCCAUGCAGACAUACCGGACUUCCUCGAAGUCAAUAUAUGUCGUUCCUGGCACCAAUCGCGACUUCAAACUCGCAGGGCAGAAGGAAGUCAAUUUAGGAGAGCUUCUCGCUAGGUUCCGAGGCAAAGAGUCCACGUUGCCAAUGGAUCAUGUGUAUAGUGUUUUGGGAAUGGCAUUAGACUCCAGUAUCAUGUAUAAAGUUCCUUUUUGGACAUCCUGGACCAAGAAAGUACCCGCACAGCUUCCACAAAUUGAUCACAAGCAGUCGCUGAGGAAACUGUGUACCGACACUACGCGAUAUAUCCUAAAAGAAGAUGGAGAUCUAGGGGCUCUGAGAAUGAUUAAUACACAUAAGAAGCCCCCAAAAGACAAAGACUGGCCGUCUUGA